UCCUUCACACUCCCACAUCCCUCCUGCCCUCCCUCCCUCUCCCCUCGCUCUCUCUCCCUCCCUCCCUCUCUCUCUCUCUCUCUCUCUGUCUAAGUCCAAGGAGGCAGAUUUGGAUGUGAGAGGCAGUGAGUGCGACACAGUCCCACCAGAGCCCAGCACAGACCCAGAAGUGCCCAGGCCACCUCCAGCAAAGGCUAACGGACCCCACGACACCGCUGGCGCUUGCACGAGCAUCCCCUCCAGCAGCCACGGUAGCAGCAGCAGCAGCAGCAGCAGAAGUGGUCUGGGUGGCAUUAGCAUCGUUAGCAGCAGCGCUGAGGGAGCAGGCGAAAGCUCCAUGCAGUUCAGCACCAGACCGCCUAGUGCUGAGCAGCCGGGCUUCAUGGGGACAUGGCAGCAGCAGAGCACUGACAGCAACCUCCUCUACAGAAUGUCCCAGCAGGCCAUUCGCUGCACACUGGUGAACUGCACGUGUGAGUGUUUCCAGCCCGGCAAGAUUCACUUACGGACAUGUGACCAGUGCAAACACGGCUGGGUAGCUCACGCUCUGGACAAGCUCAGCACCCAGCACCUCUACCACCCGACCCAGGUGGAGAUCGUUCAGUCCAACGUGGUGUUCGACAUCAGCAGCCUGAUGCUGUACGGCACCCAGGCCGUGCCCGUCCGACUCAAGAUCCUCCUCGACCGCCUCUUCUCCGUGCUCAAGCAGGAGGAGGUGCUGCACAUCCUGCACGGCCUGGGCUGGACCCUCCGAGACUACGUCAGGGGCUACAUCCUCCAGGAUACUGCAGGCAAGGUGAUAGACCGCUGGUCCAUCAUGUCCCGAGAAGAAGAGAUCAUCACCCUGCAGCAGUUCCUACGCUUUGGUGAGACCAAAUCCAUUGUGGAGCUGAUGGCCAUUCAGGAGAAGGAAGGUCAGGCUGUUACAGUUCCCUCCUCCAAGACAGACUCCGGUAUUAGGACAUUCAUUGAAAGCAACAGCAGGACCCGCAGCCCUGGACUCCUGACGCAUCUGGAAACCAGCAGCCCGUCGAGCAUUCACCAUUUCGAGAAUAUCCCCAACAGCUUAGCCUUCCUCCUGCCCUUCCAAUACAUUAACCCAGUCUCUGCUCCGAUGCUUGGUUUGCCGCCAAAUGGCCUGCCUAUGGAACAGUCCACCCUCCGGCUCAGGGAGCCCAGCCUGCCAAACCAAGUUGAACAGGUGGAGACCAGUGACUCAGAAGUGUCCCUGUCACCCUUCCGCUCAGGCCAGAGCCCAAACCGUGGGGCCCUUGGAGCCAUUAACAACAACAUUGAACCCAAGACAGAGCCCAACAACAGGGCAUCACCCAUCUCGCCAACCCCUUCCACCCAUCAAGCUCAACAACAGACACAGCUCCAACAGGGUCAACAGCAGUCCCAAAAUCAAUCUCAGCAGUCCAAUAGCUUGAGUGACCAUCAGGUCCACCACCACUUUGUAAAGGACGAGCAGUCUAAAACCAUCACCCAUUCUUCUUUUUCUUCAAAGAUGCAUCGCAUGCGCCGCAUGGGAUCCACUUCACGCAAGGGUCGUGUGUGCUGCAAUUCUUGUGGCAAAACCUUUUAUGACAAAGGUACCCUUAAGAUACAUUAUAAUGCUGUACACUUGAAGAUUAAGCACCGUUGCACCAUUGAGGGAUGUAAUAUGGUCUUCAGCUCACUUCGCAGCCGUAAUCGUCACAGUGCCAAUCCCAACCCAAGGCUACACAUGCCAAUGCUGCGCAAUAACCGUGACAAGGACCUCAUCCGUUCCAAUUCCGCCCCUGGUACGCCUGUCAUCUCAAGCACCAAGAAUGGUGGCUACACACUCACCAGCCCUGGAAGACCACCACUGGGCUUCACUACCCCACCAGUAGACCCUAUGCUUCAGUCACCUCUGCAAAGUCCACUGGUGUUCCCCUCGUUGAAGUCAGUUCAUCCAGUCCAGCCAGUGCCCCCAUUCUACCGUACACUGUUGUCCCCUGCAGACCUUGUCAGCCCACCAGUGUCACUGCCCACAAGCCCUAUCCUUCCCACUGCCACUAAUAGUGGCAGCCUGAUGGACCAGCACAUCCUGGCUGCAGCUGUGGCUUCACAUAAUAAUGUUCAUAUGUCAGAGGCAGGGCCCAUGUCCCACCGCUUACCUACACCUAGUUCCCAUAAUGACCUCACCAGUGGCGUCAGUGACCCCACACCCAAAAAGAAGCCUCGUAAAUCUAGCAUGCCAGUAAAGAUUGAGAAGGAGGUGAUUGAUGUGGCGGAUGAAUACGAUGACAAAGAUGAUGAUGAUGAUGAAGAUAACAUUCACCGAAAUCACCAUCAUCACAAGUCAUCACUACUUCACAACAACAUCAAAAUCAAUGGAAAUUGUAACAGCCACAACAGUGGCAAUGGAAAUCACAGUGGUGGUAGUGGGCAGCAAUCCCCUUCUCAGGAUGAAAUGAGCCCUGGGUUAGCUCUGAGAGGCAUGAUGAGACAGAGUGAAGAUGAAUGCCGGGAAGGGACUCGUAGUGACAGUAGGGGAGGUAAUGAUCUGAGAAGCUCUGGUGAAAUACGUUGCAUGGACAGCUUCACCUCUGAAGACCAGGACCAUGAGAGAGACUUUGAGAACGAAUCUGAAAACUCUGAUUCCAAGAUGUUCUACCGGGAUGAGCUCAUGGAUGUGGAUGAACAUCGAAAACACAGCAGGGUUGGAAGAGGUCUGGACAAGGAACAGGAUGAUGAGGGAAAUGAGGAAGCUCAUUUGCGAAAGGAAAUGGAAGGCAAGGGCCAUUCCUCACCCUCUCCUCAUCACCACCCUAUGAAGAUCAAGGAAGAACUGAAUGAUCCUACCUAUGACAUGUUCUGCAUGGGCCAGUAUGGCAUCUACAAUGGAGGCAUGGCAGCGGCUGCUGCCGCUGCUGCGAGCAUGGCUGCCCUGCAUGAGAGCUUCAUCUCUUCGAUGGGCUAUGGUGCCAGUCCCCCCAAAUUCCUUUCUUCUCAAUCACCGGAGGGAGAUCCAUGCUCAAGUCCUGACCCCAAGAUCUGCUAUGUGUGUAAGAAGACUUUCAAGAGCUCCUACAGCAUGAAACUACACUACAAGAAUGUGCACCUCAAAGAGAUGCAUGUGUGCACUGUGUCCGGAUGCAACGCCGCUUUCCCUUCCCGGCGGAGCCGAGACAG